AUGGAUCCUGCACAAGAAAUUGAAUUAUCUGCCCUGGCUCGUCAGAAACCAAUGAACGACGUAAUAGAUAUUGGCGAUUCACCUGUGCAGCUGUUUUACGAAGGCGCUACGGUAUUCGUAACUGGUGGGUCCGGCUUCAUUGGGAAACAACUAAUUGAGAAACUGUUCAGGUCAUGCGCCAUAGAAAAACUGUACCUGCUUAUACGCCCGAAAAAAUCGAUGACUAUUCAAGAAAGACUCAAUCAGAUGUUACAAAACCCAGUAAGUAAACUUUUCAAGUUGUAUGAAUAA